AUGUCCUUUUUCCGACGAAACAGACCGACAGAUGACCACGACACCGACGAGGAGAAUGACGAUACAAUCGACCCCGAGUUGCGCCUGCGCACAGUGCGGACGGCAGCGUCUGCCAUAGCAGAGUCUAUCAAGUCGGAGCAGCGCGCUGCGAGGAGGAAGACGAGGAACAAACGGUCGUUCUUUCGGAGGCAGGCUGCCAAGAAGCCCCAACCAGCAGCCCCUGCAGGCGAAACUCCGAGUCCAUCACACCAUCGAAUACCAGGCGCGCGACGGAAUGUCUAUGUGAAUCACCCCCUCUCGGCCAUGGAGGCGGAUCACAAUGGGGAGCCCAAGGCGCGCUACGUCAGGAAUAAAGUGCGGACGACGAAGUAUACAAUUAUUUCGUUCAUCCCCAAGAAUCUGUACGAACAGUUCCGGCGUGUGGCCAAUCUCUUCUUCCUGUCGCUCGUUAUCCUCCAAAUCUUCCCAAUAUUCGGUGCAGCAGCGGGCUCUAUAGCCGUGUUACCCCUGGCAUUCAUCCUUACCGUCACUGCAAUCAAGGAUGGUGUGGAAGACUACCGACGUGGCACCCUCGACGAAGAAGUCAACACCUCAGCGGCGACAAAAUUGGGAGGAGGAUGGCGAAAUGUCAAUCAGCCGAAGGACCCCCGUCAUUGGUUCGAGAAGCUGCUCGGACUCAACGCCCCUGGAAAGGUCACAAAAGGUGUUCAGAGGCUGCGGGACAAGGAGGCGAGCGAGGCGGGGAAGGACAUCCGGGUGGUGCUGAGCAAGGGUGGAGACGACUCGUCAAGUGUGCUCACCCAUGAUAUCAGCCAGAGCAGCCUUGACUUACCUCAUGCUCGUGGCGCGGGGGGUAGAAGGCUCGAGGACAUCCAGAGCAUCGAUUCUCACAGCUACCCGCCUACCACCCUCGCCGAAUCGUCGAAAACGUCGCUCUCUGUCGAAGGCACCAUGACGAAAGGGGCACAGGAGUGGGGUCAAUUUGGGUCGCUGGCGCAGUAUCAACAAUCUGUCAACUCGCAGUCUACCCUCGGUGUCGUCGACUGGCGCAAGCGACCAUCCGGCUCGGCGCGCUGGGAGCGUACGUUAUGGAAGAAGCUCGAAGUGGGCGACAUCGUUCUGCUCCGGGAAAACGACCAGGUUCCCGCCGACAUCGUUGUUCUGUCAACGUCCGACUCGGAUGGGAUGUGUUACUUGGAGACGAAGAACUUGGACGGAGAGACGAACUUGAAGCCUCGCAGAUCGAUCAAAGCAACUACUAACAUCUCGUCGGAAGAGGACAUUGAGAAAUCAUCGUUCUACCUCGACUCGGAGCCGCCCCACCAGAACCUCUACCACUACCACGGCGUCUUGCGGUACAAGGACCCCGCGUCCGGCGAAGACAAGCAAGAACCUGUCUCCAUCAACGAGCUCCUUCUACGUGGUUGUGCUAUCCGUAACACGUCAUGGAUCGUCGGCUUGGUCGUCUUCACUGGCGCAGACACUAAGAUCAUGCUGAACGGAGGCGACACCCCUUCGAAGCGGAGCAAAAUCGAAAAGGAGACCAACUUCAAUGUCAUCGUCAACUUCUGCGUCCUUACGCUCAUGUGUCUCAUCGCCGCCAUAUUCAGCGGGCUGGAGGAUGCCAAGACCGGUACUAGCGCACAAUUUUUCGAGGCGGGCUCGGACCCGACCAACUCCUACAUCGUCAACGCAGUCAUCACCUUCGUGUCGUGUCUCAUCGCUUUCCAGAACAUCGUCCCUAUUUCCUUGUACAUCUCCAUCGAAAUCGUCAAGACUAUUCAAGCCUACUUUAUCUCGCAAGACGUCGACAUGUACUACCAGCCCUACGACACGCCUUGCGUCCCGAAGACGUGGAACAUCUCCGAUGACUUGGGCCAAAUCGAAUACGUUUUUUCCGAUAAGACUGGUACACUUACUCAGAACGUCAUGGAGUUCCAGAAAUGUUCAAUCAACGGCGUUGCCUACGGAGAAGGAAUCACAGAGGCGCAGCGUGGUGCAGCCACCCGCGAGGGCAGAGCCGAUGCACUCGAUCCUAGCGAGAUCAACGAAAAGCUGGUGAAGCUGAAGCACCAAAUGAUCACCACCAUGGAACGGAACUUCAAGAAUCGAUAUAUGCAGGCCGACAAGCUCACUCUGGUAUCGCCCAAGUUCGCGGAGGAUCUGACAAAUCGGUCGUCUGACCAACGCGCGCGCAUCGUGGCGUUCUUCCGGGCGCUGGCUCUGUGUCAUAGCGUCCUCGCCGACAAACCCGAGCCGCAGAAGGAACCGUACUUCGUCAACUACAAGGCCGAGUCCCCAGAUGAAGCUGCGCUAGUCAGCGCCGCCCGCGAUGCCGGUUUCCCGUUCGUCGGCAAGUCGAAGGAUACUCUGGAGAUUGAGGUCAUGGGCCAGUCGGAGAAGUACACGUUCCUCAAGAUGCUUGAGUUCAACAGUACACGGAAGCGCAUGAGCGUCAUCGUUCGUGCCCCUGACGGCAAGCUCAUCCUCUACUGCAAGGGCGCCGACAGCGUCAUUUAUGAGCGGCUCGCGAAGGACCAUGAUCCAGUCUUGAAGGAGCAGACCAGCAAGGACAUGGAAAUGUUCGCGAACAAUGGCCUCAGGACGCUGUGCAUCUCGUAUCGGUAUCUUCAGGAGGACGAAUACCUGACAUGGUCGAGGACUUAUGAUGCCGCCACCAACGCCAUCGAGAAUCGCGAAGAGGAGAUCGACAAGGCGAACGCCCUCAUCGAACAUUCGUUGCAGAUCCUCGGAGCGACUGCCCUGGAAGAUAAGCUGCAAGAGGGUGUUCCGGAGGCGAUUGAGAUGCUGCACAGAGCUGGUAUCAAGUUAUGGAUUUUGACUGGUGACAAGCUCCAGACGGCUAUAGAAAUCGGCUACAGCUGCAACCUCCUCAAGAACGACAUGGACCUCAUGAUUCUCUCCGCCAGCUCCCCUGAACAGACCCGAGCGCAAAUAGAGGCAGGCUUGAACAAGAUCGCGUCGGUUCUUGGCCCUCCGUCAUGGGAUAUUCGCAAACGAGGCUUCGUUCCAGGCUCACAGGCAUCGUUCGCUGUUGUCAUCGAUGGCGAGACUCUUCGACACGCUCUUACACCUGAACUGAAGCCCCUGUUCCUGAACCUCGGUACUCAGUGCGAGACGGUGGUUUGCUGUCGUGUAUCUCCUGCCCAAAAGGCCCUGACAGUCAACUUGGUCAAGGAAGGGCGGAAUGCCAUGACACUCUCCAUCGGUGACGGUGCCAAUGACGUGGCGAUGAUUCAGGAAGCCAACAUUGGGUGUGGUCUCUUCGGCUUGGAAGGCUCGCAAGCUGCCAUGUCGGCCGACUAUGCCUUUGGCCAGUUCCGGUUCCUGACGAAGCUUCUUUUGGUCCACGGUCGGUGGUCGUACCAGCGUGUGGCGGACAUGCACAGCAACUUUUUUUACAAAAAUGUUAUCUGGACAUUCGCUAUGUUCUGGUAUUUGCCAUUCAACAGUUUCGAUGCAACAUAUCUGUACCAAUACACAUUCAUCUUGCUCUACAACCUUGUAUUCACCUCUCUUCCUGUUAUUGUACUUGGAGCAUUCGACCAAGACAUCAACGCGAAAGCUGCUCUGGCUUUCCCGCAACUCUAUGUUCGCGGUAUUCGCGGUCUGGAGUACACGCGCACCAAGUUCUGGAUGUACAUGACCGACGGUCUCUAUCAAUCGGGUGUUGUUUUCUUCGUUCCCUAUCUUGCUUGGUCUCUUGGGCUACCGAUUUCUUGGACUGGGCGAGGCGUCGAUUCUUUGGCGGACUUCGGUACGACUGUUGCUGUCGCUGCUAUCGUGGCGGCUAACACUUAUGUUGGAUUGAACACACAUUACUGGACUGCCAUGACGUGGAUUGUCGUCCUCGGCUCCACAAUAGUGAUGAUGUUGUGGAUCGUGGUGUAUUCAUUCUUCAUGAGCAACGACUUCGUGGAUGAGGUUUCAAUCCUCUUUGGGACGGUCACUUUCUGGACAACUGUGAUUUUAUCUGCUGUUAUUUCUCUCGCCCCUCGUUUCAUUGUGAAGUAUUGGAAGACUGUGUACACUCCUCUUGAUAAGGACAUCGUCCGCGAGAUGUGGGUCAAGGGCGACCUCAAAGACCGGCUCGGCAUCUCGCAUAGAAAAGACAAGAAGAACAAGAAGAUCUCGGACAGCAAUCUCGAAGCCGCGCCGAUGUUCCAGGACCAGCACAAUCGAUCGAUGUCGGAGUUCUCCAAUCCUCCGAACGGCUAUGAACCUGCCAUGGACAGAAGCCCAGCAAUGGAAGACACGCCACGGGCCACCUAUCUAGAUACCCCGCCCAUGAGCGAAGCUGUUGACCUCCCACCUCGCGAGGCUGUCAUACAAUACGCGACUGUUAGAAACGACGCUAUGGAUGGCACUCGCCUUUCUCCUUUCCCUCCUGAUGGUCGACCAACACAUGCCCCAUCACCACAACCUUCUUAUUACUCUGCGUCAGAUCUACCUCCUGCCUCUCCGCUACCCUCGCCCAAGUUCAAGCUGUCUAAUGGAGAAGUGACAAGUACUCCUCCAAGUCGGAGAACGAGUUACGCCCCGUCAAGAGCAACAUCGACCGGGCGUGGGGUGGUGGGUCGUGGAACGGUCAACCCAUACAUGCCUUCCUCGCCAGUACCGUCACACCCAGGUCCAGAUCGGCCGAAUAGUUUGCUCGUCCCCCAGCCCCAGCCGUACCCGAGACCGCCAAUCGACAAUGCGUACGAGAUGCGGGUAAGGAGCCCGCCUAACGAGGAUGCGUAUGCUGGCUAUUAUGGUCAUGACCCUCGAGCGCCCAGUGCGGCUUCGCAGGCGUCUUACGCCACUGCUGUUGACGAGUUUUGGACGGCCGAGGACGAUGGCGGGAACAGUCCACGUCAUCCGACAGGGCACCAUCCGCCACCACAGGGCGGCCUGCACCACCAGCCACAGCAGCAGCAGUAUCUCGUCGAUGACAGCGAUCAGGAGACUGUUAUGGACCCACGGCGCGUCAGCAAUAUGACAAUGUCAACAUGGGAAGGUGGCCGAGCUUUGUAG